UGACCCUAUGGUUCAUGGCAUCUGCUCUGCUUGUAUUCAUCCGUUAUAUCGUUGUACACUUUCGUUCGCUAGCUGCAGUUGAAUCUGUUUUACUACCACUCCUUUGCGAGUACCUUCCGUUUGCCUAUCACCCUGGGUCUUUUCUGAUCGAAUUCGAUGACGUAGAGAGGGUCCAUCACACACUCUUUGAUAACCUCUUUCUUGCUUCGAUCCACAUUUUGAUAAUAUAAGGAAGAGGCCUCAUAAGGAAUACCGAGGUCAGAGGGCAUUUAAUUUCAACCGUGCAUCUUGCUCACCCGCUCGAAAUAGUACGGAAUGGCAAACCAACCCCACCCUUUACAACGGCUCUCCUCGCCUUCCCGGAGCUUCUCAGCCCUCGUACAUGCCAUCGGUCUUCUGUCAUACUCGUGCAGCUUUUGGUACCUUCAGCAGUUCCCAACCGAAAUUCACUUCGGGUUUGGUGGUGACUUUCAACUGCUCACCAUCAUUGGGCUCGCUUUAGCGACGGCAACGUUUGCCUUUGGCCUGUUGGCCGAUCUCACUCUGAGCCCUCGGCUCUUUGGCAUCAAAAAUGUUCUCGCAGUGUGUUCAACACCCUUGGAGGUUCUGAUCAGCAUUCUGUACUGGAGCAUAAGUGCCAUUGACAAGUCCCUCCUUUUCCCACCAGAGUUCGCACUUCCAUUCCUCCCAGAUUUUGGAUUUCAUGCGAUGCCAGCCGUCAUGUUAACGAUGGAUCUGAUACUACUCAGUCCUCCUUGGACCAUCAAAGUUUACAGUGCUAUGGCUCUCAGUACCUGCUUGGCAUUUCUAUACUGGGGGUGGGUUGAAUAUUGUUUUGAGCAAAACGGAUGGUACCCGUAUCCCAUGUUUGAGCUGCUCAAAACUUGGCAGCGAGUGAUUCUCUUUUCAGUCUCAGCCGGGCUCAUGACGACGAGCACACUGGCUCUAAAGUGGCUGUACGGUAAGAUCAACGGUAUUGAACAGUUCAAAAAGGUAGCUCUUCAUCCCAUCAAGACGGAUUGA